UGAUGUCUGAUAUCAUAAGAGUAUACCUACCCACCCAUUUAUCUUGGAGAUAAUAAGUGAUAAAAUAUUCUCAACUCGAGAGCUGUCCUCGUCCAGUUCGUGAUAAUACUAUUGAUGUUCUUUAAUGUUGAUAUAGUAAUCUACCUAUGUUAAUGUUUGACCAAUAACUAUUAACUAUACCCUAUUCUCUGUAGUAUAUAAAUAUAUAAUAUGUAUAAUUCAAUGAUAUGUCUAUUAUGUGCUUGACUAAAUGUUAUUCGUUUUGUCACUUUAUAACCAAUUGCAUAAACAUGGUGUAUUUAAUUUUUGUAAUUGGUUAGAUAUGUAAGAUCAUUACUUUGAAACGAAAACCACUAAAAGUUUAACAUGGCAACUGGAACAACUAGAAAUAAAGUCGCGUUAGCUCCUGGUCAUUCAUUAAUGGACUGGAUUCGAUUGGGUAAUUCCGGAAGUGAUUUAACUGGACUGGGUGGCAAACUCAUUUCGGUUUCAAGAUCAGAAUUAGCCAGACAUAAUAAACGAAGUGAUGCUUGGUUAGCUAUACGAGGCACUGUGUAUAAUGUAACCCGAUAUAUGGAUUUUCACCCGGGAGGUGUUGAUGAAUUAGUACGUGGUAUUGGUACAGAUGCUACGAAAUUAUUUUCUGAGAUACAUGCCUGGGUAAACUAUGAGUCAAUACUUCAAAAGUGUGUGGUUGGUCACCUAGUAAACGAUGAAAUAUAUAAACUACCUCAGGUAUUAAAAACACCGAUAGAAGAUGAUUUAAAGAUGGAUUGGUUUCAACAACUUGGAUUUUUAUGUUUUGUAUUUUACACAAAGUCUUCUUAUCCCGAGGUAUCAGUUAGUUUAAAAAGUGCUAAUGAAUUUUAUUAUAAUAUUAAUGGGAAAACCAGAUAUGUUAAACUUCAUAAUAACGUUAACUGGCCAUGUAAUGUUAAAGUUGUAGCUGAAACUGGAAAAAUUCAAGUGAAAUUGUUUAAAAAAGUAUUAGCACUUUGGCCAACCUAUGGCAACAUAUCUCAGGCUAAAUUUGUUCAAAUUGACUUUUGGAAAUGUAUAUUUAGAGAAUCCUACAAAGUUACCCAUAAUGUUCAAUUUUUGUUAUUUAAGUAUGAACAACAAGUGUAUAAUCAUGUUUAUCCUGGUCAACAUGUCUAUGUUAAAUCCAAAUUAAAUGGUUGUGAUAUUUCAAGACCUUAUACGCCUGUUUGGCCGCUAGUGGAUACCACAGAGUAUGGACGAAUAGCCGAGGAUAAUUUGUGUUUAUUAGUAAAAACAUAUCCUAAUGGUACUUUAAGUUCACAUUUAUGUUCUUUGUGUCCAGGUGACUUUAUUGAAGUUAGUAAACCACAGGGUAGUUUUGAAUGUUGGACGUUGAAAACAAAUCUAAUUUUACUGGCUGCUGGUACAGGCAUAACACCCAUGGUUCCAAUUAUUUGGAACGCUUUACAUUCACCGAUUAAAAAGUACCAUGUCACCUUGUUAUACUGGAACAAAACCGAAAAAUGUAUAAUUUGGAAAGAGCAGUUGAACGAAUUAUGUGCCAAAUAUACAUCUAGAUUUAUUGUUAAACACAUUUUAUCGGGUGAUGAUAACCAGGAAAAUACACAAAAUGGACAUGUUGAUGAUGUAUUAAUUAAAAAAUAUGUUCCAGCACAAUCCAAUAAUGAUCAAAUGACUAGUGCUAUUUGUAUAUGUGGUCCAUUGGGAUUCAAUCAGUUAUGUGAAAAGUUUAUAAUCAAACAAGGAUAUUCUGCCAAUGAUUAUUUUAUUUUUGGGUAAAAUAUAAUAAUAAAAACAAAUGUGUACUUUUCUAUAAACAAAUAAAUUAUACAUAGUAUACAAAUAUAUCACAA